UGAAAAUAUGUCACUGUCAAUUUGAGAAAUUAGAUCCAAAUUUUGACAGUUUAAUAAUUCUUGGGUUUUUUUGGGGUGUUGUUAUCUAAUAUUUUCAAAGAAUAGAAAUGGGUUUAUUAAAAAAGACUACUGGGCUAACUGGAUUAGCCGUGGCUGCCAAUCCACACCAUACCCUUGGUGCACUUUAUGGCAAGAUUUUAAGAACUCUGCAGAAAAUGCCAGCCGAAGCAGUCUACAGAAAAUACACUGAGCAAAUUGUCCGUGAGAGAGCUGCAGUGCUUACUCAGACCAGAGAUGUUUUUGAAAUUGAGCAGCGAAUCAACUGUGGUCAAGCUGAAGAACUAAUAAUCCAGGCUGAAAAUGAACUAAAUCUUGCUAGAAAAAUGUUGAACUGGAAACCAUGGGAACCGCUCAUUGCUAAGCCACCUAAAGGACAAUGGGAUUGGCCACCAGCAAAGAAUUAAUUUGAUAUUUUUCAAUGUGUCAUUCAUUAUAGUUGUUAUGUAAUAAAUAGUCAUAAAUA